GGAGCGGAGGAAUCGCGGCUGCCGUUGCUGCGUGAGGCGGCCAAUGGCGGAAACCCUAGCCCAGGACGGCGACGCGCCGCUCGACGCGGCGGCCAUCAGGAGCCGGUUGGAGCGGCUCGUGCUGUCGCGGCGAGGGGAGGAGGAGGAGGAUGCUUCGGUGGCGGUGGCGGCGGCGGCGGAGGAGGAGGACGACGUGGUGCGCCGCCUCCGCUCCGAGGACGAGUGUUUGCAGGAGGUGGAUGCAUUGAUCUCGAGUGACUCCGCGCUGCAGAGCGACGGAUUCGAUGCAUUCAUGGAAUGGUUGAGAAAGGAGGUAAGCUUGGCUGAGGCGGAGAACCGCAGGCUACCUGUUGAAAUUUGCAGCAUUGAAGAGACAACUCUCAAAGAUAUGAUUCAGUUGGAUGCUGAUAUUGCCGCAUUGGAGUCUUCAUUGAAGAAAAUUGAUUCAGAGGCUUUGAAACAUUUGGAGGCAAGUCACACCACUGAGUUGUCAGUUGCAACUAAUUCAUUCGGAGACCAAACUAAUUUUGACAAGGACUACAAGAAUGAGGUACUGGAACUUGACCAUCAGCUGGAAAAAAAUGAGAAUGACCUGAAGAUGUUAGAGAAUCUAAAUAACUCAAUGCAAAGGGUUGAAGCAAUGUGGGAACUUGAAUCUAUGUUAUCAGAAGCAAAGGUCUUGGACUUUAAAGACAAUUGCCUCAGGGUAUUCCUGAAGGCACCUGUACUCACGCCUGAAUGUUUAAUGUAUGGGCAAGAGUUGGAUUGUUCUAGUAUUUCAUUUGUUUCAGACCAUGAAUUGCUGAUAGAAGUAGAUGAAGAAAGCAUGGAACCAAAGAAAGUGCAGAUCUUUCCUGAUGAUAUCUGUGUAGAUACACUUAUUGAUAAGCUCAAGGCAUCCAGAGAGAUCAUUUCUACUGCAUCAUUGGGAUGGCUUAUUCGGCAAUUUCAACACCAUAUUAUAAUCAACACUUUGAGACGUUCCCUGGUGAAUGAUGCUAACAAUCCCAGGCGUUCUUAUGAAUACUUCGACAAAGAUGGAACAAUUGUUGCUCACUUGGCUGGUGGCAUUGAUGCCUUCAUCAAAAUAUCUGCAGACUGGCCACUGUCAUCAUACGGCCUGAAGUUAAUCUCAAUUCAAAAUUCUGAGGCGCAGUCAAAAGAUAUUACUUUAAGUUUGCUUUGCAAAACUAAGGAACUGGCCAAUGGGUUGGAUCUUCAGACUCGUCGACAUCUGGUAAAGUUUGUGGAUGCAGUGGAAGAUAUCCUUUUUCAAGAGAUGCGGCCGCAGCUCCAUUCCAGCAGCGUGUCCUAGACUGUGACCCAACCAGUUUUCCCAUCAUCUUGAUGACCAGGAGAACAUAUCAAUCUCAUGUGACCUUGUUUGUAGCUUGCAUUUUUGUAAAGGUCUGUAACAUAUGUCCAUGAGCAGCUGAGUAUUGACCACUAGGAAUAUGGGAAAACAUAGACUGAUUAAAAUAUAUUUUUUUUCCUAGAGCUGCAGUGUGAAUGACCAUGGUAAAAUCAGAAUAUUUUUCUCUGUCCAAGUGUAUAACUAGAGAUGAAGUAAUUUUAGGAUGGACGUUCCAAAAAAUAAGUGAUUGUUUUACCAUUUGUAAACCAAAUUACUAGGGAAGAAAAAUAACAUAGAUGCCCUUAUUAAAUGAGAAAUAGU